AUGACACAAUCUUUGAAACCAACUUACCAUGAGGCAGACUACAGAACCGCGCUAUUGCCAGCCAACAAGAUGAAAAACAGGACCUUGUCUGUCUUAGCAGUUGACGAGUACAGGGUGUACCUGCGAUCUCAGCCUAAAGGUAGAACAGACUACAUUAAUGCGGUGGUGGUGCCCUCUUAUACAUCCAAAACUGGGUACAUCGUCACACAGACUCCUCUGGAGGACACCGUGGUGGAUCUGUUGACGAUGAUAAUGGACCACAGCUGUCAAACAAUUGUCAUCAUCGAGCCGGACGACAUUAACUGGCUUCCAGGGGAAGGCGAAGAAAAAACCAUUAGGGAUUUCACUUUGGAACACAAAGGGACGUCUUCAACAAUAGCAAAUGUCAAUUUGGUUGAAAUCACUAUCGAAAAUGUGGUGACUAGCUUUAAUAGCCUUGUUCGAAUGUUCCACAUGACUGGAUGGGAUAGUGACUCGGCAGUCCCUCGGGAUUCGUCCGCGCUACUUCAGCUGCUGGAACUUGUUGACAGCAGACGUAAAUCGGACGAGUCCAAGACUACACUCGUUAUGUGUCGAGACGGAUAUUCCCAGAGUGGACUCUUCUGUUGUAUCAGCAAUGCCAGGGACCAGAUAAAAUCUGACGAGGAAGUUGAUAUCUAUCAGAUUUCUCGUCAGCUACUUGUGCGACGUCCAGCAUUUUUAAUCAAUUUUGAGCAGUACCAAUGUUGCUACAACGUGAUUAAAGACUACCUGGAUACCACUGACGUGUACAUGAACUGA